AUGGACAGCGUCUUCUCUUGCCUUAUGAAACAGGAAGGGGUCGCCCUAAGUAAGCCCGUUCCCUGGCAUAAGGCAUUCAAGGCUUCUGAGGAAGGGGUGGGGAGAACAAAUACACAACAAUUGUACUGUAUUUUGAUCCUACACAGCGCCAUAUAUUCCAACGGAUUGCCCGAUGAAUAUUCCUUUCUAACUACUUUUCGGAUGGCUGGGGCCACGCUUCAGAAAUACUGGACUAUUUGGCAGAUUCAGGAUUCUUCAGGAAAAGAACAAGUUGGAGUGAAUCUUAAUGGUCAAAUGAAAAGUGUUGAGUUUUCUUAUAAAGGAGUGGAUGGAAGUCUCCAAACUGCGUCAUUUUUGCACUUGCCUUUCUUGUUUGACUCCCAAUGGCACAAGCUCAUGAUAAGUGUGGAAGCAAACAGUGUCACACUUUUCAUUGACUGUAUUAAAAUAGAAUCCUUAAACAUAAAACCAAAAGGGAAAAUCAGCAUUGAUGGCUUUGCUGUGCUUGGAAAACUUAAAAAUAAUCCUGAAAUUUCAGUUCCGUUCGAAAUCCAGUGGAUGGUGAUACACUGCGACCCCCUGCGACCCCAGCGCGAAGGCUGCGGCGAGCUGCCG